CAGGAUCUCGGUUCCCAGGCGGUGGAUUUGGAUACAUCCCCGCCUCGCAGGAAUGGCGAGGUUCGGGGGCCUCAUCGGAAAAGUCGGGGCGCCAGAUGUCUGGGGGGACCCUCUGACCCCCAGCCGCGGCGGUGGGCGGUCGAGUGCGGCGAGGACCUGUGGUCGGGCGCCCUGGCCGACCCGGCCGCCGGCGAGCCGAUCGGCCGGCCGCGGGCCGGGGCUUGCGGCAGGCUCGUGUGGGACGGCUUCGCCAGCGGGCAGGAGGCGGCGCUGCUCCGGCGCGCCUCGGAGCGCGCGUUCGAGGGUCUGCCGCACCAGGGCCUGGAGGUCUCCCUGGUGCCCGGCGGGCCCUCCGGAGGCCGGCUGGGACCAGGCGGUAGCCUGCUCGUGUCCGCGCUGCAGGAGCGCUGCCGCGUCGCCCUCGAGGCGUCACUGGCCGCCGCUGGCGGGACCGCGCGCGUGGCGCUGGAGCCCGCGGGGGCGCUGCUAAAGCGGCUCCGGCUGCCCGCGGAGGUGGGCGCGCUGCAGGCUGGGAACGCCUACGACCCCUUCGCGCCGCACGCGGACCGGGCCAACGUCGCCGCGUACGAGUUCAGCCCCGGUGGCACGCAGGGGUGCCGCUCCGCGCCCUGCUCUACCUGAGCGACGAGGGCUCCGACUUCGGCGGGGGCAGCCUGCUCUUCCACGACCCCGACGCCGACCGCUCCGUGGCCCCGGCGGUGGGGCGGCUGGUGGCGUUCACGUCCGGGCUCUCGGAGGCCCCGAAACGCGUCGCAGCCAGGUGCUGCGCCGCAGCGGCCGCCGCCGCGGCUGCAGCGGCGGUGGCGGCCGCCGAGGCUCGAGAACCUCCACAGCGCGGAGCCGCUGCGCUGGGGCUCCCGCCACCUGCUCGCCGUGUGGUUCUCUCGGCGACGCAGCCCGGCCGCGGCUCCGGGCGCCCAGCAGG